CACUGCGGAAGGCGCGGAGGGAGCAGCAACUGGUCAGCAAGAGACUGCUGAGAGAGGACGACCCGGAGGAAGCCGGAGGGGAAUCUUCGGCCGCGGUUCUGGGAGAAGCCAAGGUGAGCGGGCCAGGCAGGACUGGGUUCGCGCUAUAGUCCAUUCCUGCGGACACCAAGCCUCACUAGUAUUUGAAGUGUGUCUGCCUCCUACCUGAACGCGAUCCACUCUACGUCUCCAUCUAGUGGGUCGAACCAGCAAUAGGGGCAUCAUCCUCCACAAUAAAUUGUCCCUUCUCUCUACAUCAUCCCAUUGUCAAGUCCUGACCGUUUUUUACCUCUUAACAAUUUUUUACAUACUUCGCCAUCGUAUUUGUCACCACCAUCUCUGGAUAUUACAGCACCCUCCUAAAAGCUUCUACAUUUGCCACUCGCAGUAGGUCUUUUAAAAACACAAUAGACCAAAAUCCUUCCUGUGACCUGCAAAGCCCAUCAUGGUGUCACCUCUGCCUAUCUCCAGCCUGUAUUAGCUUACUCAUCCCAACCACUGCCCCCUUUUCGUUUCCUGGAAUAAUAUGCCAAUUCCUUUCCUGUUUCAAGGACUUUGUAUCUGUAAUAUCUAAAAUGGAUCUCUUUUGGCAUUGGUAUUUUGGCAACCUGUUUGUUUUUUGCAGAAUAUUAAUCGUAUUAUCUAAUUUGCUUGCUUAUUGACUCUCCAACUAGACUCUAAAUUCACAAAAUCCUCCUAUCUUAUUUGCCAUCAUUGAAAACCCAGAUGGCAGACAAGUGCGAUUGCAUGCCUGUAAUCCCAGUGAUUUAGGAGGCUGAGGUAGGAGGAUCAUAAAUUCAAGGCAAGCCUUGGCAACUUAGACCUUGUCUCAAAAAUAAAUAAUAAGGGCUGGGGAUGUAGCUUAGUAGUAGAGUGGCUCUAGCUUCAAUCCCUGGUACUGGAGGGAAGAAAAAGAAAAAAAUCAAAUGGUUGCACAGUAUAUGAAAUACAGUAAAUGUUCAGUAUUUAUUGAAUGAAUAAAUGAAAUUACAUUCAGCAAGCUCUGGGGUAUGCCUUGUAUUUGUAUUGUGCAUGCUUUCAUAUAAUAGUUUACCAAGCACUUAACACCUAGCCUAUACUGCUUAUUCAUUGUGUGCUUACUUUAUGCCAGGACAAUGUGGCGGGCAUUGAGGUACACAAAGAUGAAAAGUUAUUUUCUUUGAAGGGGCUUACAGACCAAUGAAGGAAGGAGACAGUUGUGAUAUGAUACCACCUAUCAUAAUGGAAGGAAACAUGAGGUUCAAGAGAAACCCUUUUUUUUUUUUUUGGUGGUGCUGGGGUUUGAACCCAGGGCCUUGUGCAUGGAGGCAAGUAUUCUACCAACUGAACCAUAUCUCUAGCUCUAUUUUGUAUUUUACUUAGAGACAGAGUUUCACUGAGUUGCGUAGCCACUCACUGUUGCUGAGGCUGGCUUUGAACUUGCAAUUCUCCUAUCUCAGCUUCCAGAGCCAUUGGAAUUAUAGGCGUGUGCCACUGUGCCUGGCAAGAGAAACUCUUUAGUCUAUUGAAGGAAGACUAGAGGGACUGGUCAUGCAAAAGCUUGGAAGCAUUAAAACAAAUCACAUCAUGCCAGGUAUUGCUGGAGUGUAGGUUACAUGGGGAGAAUGGCUGAAGGAGUAGGUUUUGCCAGGCUGAGGAGUUUAAAUGUUACCUUUGAAAUAACCUUUUAAAAAGGCAGAGUAGAUACUGUCAUUCUCAUUUUCAUGUGAGGAAACUGGGAUUCAGGUCCCUUAUAGGGUAUGUUGUAGGGCGGGUAUUCGUACUCGCUCUUAAUUCCCAACCUGUGUGCUCCCUUGCAAGAUUUAGCUAUAUUAGUAUUCAUGACAAGUUUUAGGGAUGGUGGUGUGAUAUUGAAGGCCUCCCAGGUGAAUUGGGUAGAGAGGAUCUCAGAACUUGCUUCUUGGCUGUUGUGUGUUCUGUCUUUGUUCUGGGCUUCAGGUCCAGGAGUUCUUGCGGCUAGCCCAGCGGGGUACAGAGGAAAAGGAGAGAGAGAAGGCUCUGGUCAGUCUUCGUCGAGGCUUGCAGCACCCUGAGACACAGCAAAUUUUCAUCAGGAGCUCUGUUUGUAUACACUGGGGAAUCUGAUCGUGGAGAGUGAGGUUGUGAGACAGCAGCUCCUGCCACAGGGCAUUGUUUCAGCCUUGGCUGCCUGCAUCCAGUCCCCUCAUGUGGCUGUGCUGGAAGCCCUUGGAUAUGCCUUGUCCCAGCUUCUGCAGGCUAAGGAAGCUCCAGAGAAGAUCAUUCCCUCUAUCCUGGACUCCCUCCUCCCCCAGCACAUGCUGCGAUUGAUGCAACCUGGCCCCAAACUGAACCCUGGGGUUGCUGUGGAGUUUGCUUGGUGCCUUCACUACAUCAUCUGUAGUCAGGUCAAUAAUGCUCUGCUCAUCACCCAUGGGGCUCUGUCUACUCUGGGGCUACUGCUGUUGGACUUGGCGGGGGCUGUCCAGAAAACGGAGGAGGCAGGACUGGAGCUGCUCGCAUGCCCUGUGCUCCGGUGUCUAAGCAACCUGCUGACAGAGGUGGCAGUAGAGGCUGUGGGAGGGCAAAUGCAACUCAAAGAUGAACGUAUCGUGGCAGCCUUAUUUAUCCUCUUCCAGUUCUUCCUUCAGAAACAGCCCAGCCUGCUUCCAGAGGGCCUCUGGCUACUCAAUAAUCUCACUGCAAACAGUCCUACUUUGUGUACCUCCUUGCUUUCCUUGGAUCUGAUUGAGCCCCUCUUGCAGCUGUUGCCACUAUCUAAUGUGGUUAGUGUACUGGUACUCACAGUUCUUUGCAAUGUUGCAGAGAAGGGUCCAGCUUACUGCCGGCAGCUGUGGCCAGGACCCCUGCUUCCCUGCUUGCUGAACAUGUUGGCCCUCUCUGAUACUGAAGUAGUAGGCCAGAGUUUGGAGCUGCUACAGCUGCUAUUCCUGUAUCGUCCAGAGGCUGUCCAGGCCUUCCUGCAGCAAUCAGGACUGCAGGCUCUGGAAAGACAUCAGGAGGAGGUCCAGCUUCAGGAUCGGGUGCAUGCCCUCCAGCAGAUAGCUCUUCGUGGCUGACCUGGUUUCUCAAUGUCACACAUUAUCCUGCCUCCCAAGCUUCUUUUAGGGGUAAACAAUGGCGUCUUUGGGAUAUUAGAACCAUCAUGAGGUCUCAUUCUCUUUGCUCCUGCACUUAAGCCAACACCUUUGGAGCCCAGUUGCUCCGAUUUUUACCCAGCAUGGCCCAGAGGGGACUCUGUGGCUCAUUUAUUCUGGAGGCCUUGGAUCACCCCUCCCCCAUCCCCUACAGUCCCCCCUUUGGGAUGGGGUCUUACUGUGUUGCCCACACUGGUUUCAUACUCCCAAAUGCUCCUCUUGCCUCACCCAAGUAGUUGGAUGACAGGUGUCGGCCACUGCACCUGGCUCAGCUGGUGGCUUUUGAUAAGAAUAAAGCUUUAUUUUUGUAUUAAA